AUGUUCAGAGUGCCUUUUGAAGGUAGCAAUGGCCUGACAAUAACACAUCCGGAUCGCGAAAAAUGGUUCCCUCCGGACUCAUCAUAUUCUUCGAUUCAUUCGCCAAGAGUGAAUUCAAAUGAACCGUUGGGAAAUGUUCAUUUGUACGGACGGAAUCUGAGCGAUGUUCGAAACCUGCUGACAAAUUUAACAAAUUUGGAUCACGAUUUCGCCAUAAGUAAUCGUGAUUACGGCAGCAGUUACAUCUUACCGGUGCUGAAGGCGGUCAAAUAUGAUAACAAUACAGUGCCAACUGUUUUUGCAGACGUGCCAGUGAACGUGCGUGUUUUGUUGAAUAUUAUCCAUUUGGCAAAUUUUGACUCUCUUCAAAUGGACUACACAAUUGAUUUGGAGAUGCAAAUGCGUUGGUUUGAUUUGAGACUGGCGAACAACUAUACGAAAUCGAUUCUGAUCCGUGAAAUGAGCGUUAUGGAGAAAAUUUGGACUCCUGAUCCAUACUUCGUGAACUCCAAAUAUUCCUAUUUUCAUAUGGUCUCAUUUCCAAAUUUCCGGAUGCGUAUCAGUCCGAAUGGUCUUGUUGUAUACACUCUAAGGUGA